UCAAGAUUAUGGCUGCAAGAAAUGGCAUGAAUUGCUGGGUGUGUUUAAUGCUGGAUUAUAGCAAUUUGAAACAUGUCAAACACAUGGCUAAUGCCUCAUGCUUCACUCAUUCUUGCGUAAACCUGCAUAGCCACCAUCCAUUAUACCCUUGGUAACAACACAAUUCUGCAAGUAAAUAUUGUUACACUAAGUAACCUUUCAAUUCAAGUUGUUUAGGAAGAGAAAAUGCAAUCUUGUGCAGUCAGUUCCAGUGUCAGUUUAAUGUUUCAAAAGGGAAGUGGUGUAGAGAAUAAGUAUCUGUACAGAGACUUGCCGGUUUAAAACACACACGCAUGCACGCGUGCACAUGGCACGCGCAGAAAAUGUACAAUUCACUGAAGGGGAGAAAAGUAAAACUGUAGUUUCGAACUUCGCAGGACCUGUGUUUCUUUUUUUGGUAUGGGUGAUUGCUUGGUUACCCUGGCAGAAUUAGGCAUUCGACCUGCAGUGCCAUCACACGCUAAAAUAAUCUACAAUUUAAUUCUUUCUUGCAGAGAGCAGCAAAUAUUUUCCCCAUACCUUUGUUUAAAAUACCUGGUAGCAGAGCUUGUAGCUCACCUUUGGCAACAAGAGUUUGGGAAUCACAGCAGAAGUAGGUGCUGGUGAACGUAUGUGUCUGUGAAUGUGGGUGGGUGCAUGUGUGCGUGCAUGCCUGGGUAGGCACACUCAUGACUGACGGCGAGUGUGACAGCAAGAGAAAAAGAGAAGGAUUAGUAAGUGUGAAUGUGUAUACAUGUGUGUAAACAGGGACCUGUAUAUUUUUUCUUGUCCUAUUUGAAAUACUAAACUUUCAGCCUUAGGAUCUGGCAGUUAUUGUAUUUCCUUUGUAUUUAGUUAUGAUUAUUAUGCUAACAAUCCGCACUACUGUUGUAAAGGCAAGAAAAAAAAAAAUACGUUAGUUUGCUUAGUGAGAUGUUGCAGGUUCAAAUUAUUCUGCCACCAAUAACUGAAAUUACUGACAAAUAGAUAUCAGAAAUGGUCCUUGUUUAGGUAUUUUCAGUGCUUUAAUUUGUGAGGGUUUGGAGUUGAUAGUACAUACACACGCAUGUAUACAGAUAUACGUGCAUACAUGCGUGUGUAUGCAAGAGAAAAGAGGGGAAAAGAAAAAGAUUGUGUGCUCUUGCGUUUUCCAGCAACCCUUUUUUAGUUGCCAGCAGUGAGAAGGGGGCUGUGGACAACCAACACAGAGCUUUACUCAAGCCAAAGUUUCAUUAUUGUUUUUAAAAAUACCCUUUUACAACUAGAAAAAACAUUUUAUUUUUAACAUAAAAUUCUAGGGAUUCUUCUUCAUAUAAAUACUUCAGUAUUCCUCCCACUUCACUUCCAAAUAAAUUACCCUUUCUAGUAUUGAUACUCUAUAGUUUCAUUCUCUCUGUGCACAGCUUUUGGGUCGGAUUUGUUGUUUUCUAUUGCCAGAGUAGUGUUACUGGUCAUGUUAUGUUAAAGCCGGUUCUGCUGGCUCACAGACACUUUAACUUAAAAUGCAGAGCCCGAACUACACUCUGGGGCUUUGCAAGGAUACAAAAUCCACAAGACAUAAACCCCUUUGGUUAGUAUGAACUGGAAGAUGUUUAACCCUUCUCUGCUAAUUGUAAUGAAAGAGUCGGAGAGAUGUAAAAACAGAGGGGCUGGUGUAUUUAUUUAUUACAUUUCUGAGUGUUUUCUAAUGUUUUGAUUAUCCAACAUUUACACCCCUUUGCCCUUUUAAUGCGCUUGGCUAAAUGUACCACUGUUAUUGUCUAACGUUCGAAUUUGUAAAAGAUGAACCUGUCUGUUGGUUAAAUCUUUGUUUGACUAAAAGGGGAUUAAUGUUUGAAUUUCCCGAAUUUCCAAAUCCUUGUAACGAUACAGUUGAUGAAGUGUUUUAAAUAGAUUUCCACUCUGAUAUACAUGUCUUUUUAUUGAAAGUAAAUAUUGUAAAAAUCGGAAAGGGCUGCCUGCUCCCACAGUUGUGGCAUACCCACAUCAGAAUUUUCAUAUAACUACUAAGGGCAAUCAGACCCUUUUCUCUGAAUAUUUUAAACAUUGUACAUGUAAAAUUUAUGCCUAAUUUGAAUACUUAUUAGCUGCCUAAUCUCAGAAAAGAGUAUUAGCUUUGUUUUUGCCUUGUAAAAUUCAUCACUGCAUGUAUCACAUUUUCCAUUUCUAUUACUUUUCCUUGCUGAUGUUCAUAACAGUGUUUAAGAAGGGCUGUUUGUUCAUAAACACAUCUGGUGCUACUGUUGUUUACUGGGCUGUAACAGCUGCCCUCCUUUAUAACUGUGUUUGUGUUUGGGUUUUUUGCAUCUUGUUUAUUUUUGAUCAGACUGUCGUUAAAUAACUCAUCUUUUACUACUUUAACUUUCUUCACACAAUAUAUACUUUCACUUUAUCUUUUGCGCGCUUGUUUGUGUUAGUUCAUACAGCAUUUGGAUUAAUAGCCCAUGCACGUAGUUGAAGUUGUAAUGAUCCUUUUCCUGCU